AUAAUUAAUUGUACAGCGGGUGGGUUAGUUGUUUGGAAGCAGGAUGUAGGCAGGUAGAUGCAGAUCUGUCUCCUCCGUUUGAUAGUUUCGUUAGAUGGCCCGUCCGUCUCCCAGCUGCGGAUAACAUCGAUCUGAAACCCGUCUUCAUCACUAGCUACACAGCCGGGCUUCUCCAGGCGAAUUCUGCUUCUUUCUUUACUGAGAGGGAAGGGAAGAAGAGUUACUGUACUUUCUGUACAGUGGUAGCAGCCUCCAGGGGUACUAUGGUUAUCUAAUCGGCAAUGGAUCGCCAAGCUAGUGCGCGAAUCGACCUGGAGUGUAUGCUGUUGGAUGAAACCAAAGAGCCGAGGGCUCUACCGCUGCCACUCCUCGAAGACAUCACAAAGAGUUUCUCCGCUGACCAUGAAAUUGGACGUGGCGGAUUCGCGGUGGUUUAUCAGGGAAUCCUUGACAAUGGCAUGGUCGCUGUGAAGAAGCUGUCCAACACGUAUUUGUAUGAGAAUAAAUUCCAGACGGAGAUUCAAUGUCUGAUGAAGGUGAAGCACAGAAAUGUUGUACGAUUUUUAGGAUAUUGCUGCGACACACAAGGUCAAGUAGCCACGCAUGAAGGAAAUUUUGUCAUGGCUGACAUACAAGAAAGAUUACUCUGCUUUGAGUUUCUACCCAAGGGGGAUCUUUCCAACUAUAUCUCCGGUAGGGCCACAAUUUUCCUUGCUAAAGAUUAUUUGGUUCAUGAACAUUCAUACACAGUUUUACAUUCCAUGUCAUGUACUAACUACAGUUUGAAUAUCAAGGACUUCAUUCCAGAUACUAAACCACCUUUCUUGUGUCCAAUUUAUGUAGAUGCGUCCAGUGGACUUGAAUGGAGAGACCGCUACAAAAUAAUAAAAGGAAUCUGCCAAGGAUUGGAUUACCUUCACAGAAAUGAUAUUGUUCACCUUGAUCUUAAGCCGGCAAAUAUCCUCAUGGAUGCUAAAAUGGUGCCGAAAAUUGGUGACUUUGGCCUAUCGAGGUGCUUUCAGGAAGAGCAAACCCGCACUAUUGCUACAACAUUUGCUGGAAGCCUUGGAUAUCUAGCACCAGAAUUCGGCGACCGCAUAAUUACACAUAAAUAUGACUUGUACAGUCUUGGAGUAAUAAUCACAGAGAUACUGACCGGACGAAAAGGUUAUAGUGAUGUUGAUGAAGUACUUGAAAGUUGGAGCAAUAGGUUGGAGAAAUCACAGAGACAACAAGUAAGAGUAUGCACCGAGAUAGCAUUACAGUGCACUGAACGCAGUCCUAAGAGAAGGCCAACUAGUACGCAAUAUGUAGUUGAUAGGCUUACUGAAACAGAAAGCACGGGAACAAUGGAUCUACUUGACGUCUACCUUGUCGAGCUUCACUUCCCUGUCGAACCCGACACAGAUGAACAUGCAGUAUUCAGGCUUAUGAAGAAGAGCACCAAGCCUUGGCGUUGCUUCGCAAGUCUCCCAGUAUAUGGAAUUGUACCUCCCAAGUCCACUACUUACACUCUCGUUGUUACAGCACAACAACAAGAGACGCUACCAGAAGAAACGGAGUGCGAUCUGAUCCUGCAGAGUAGUCUAUCAGGGGAUAAAAGCAUCCCUACUUUGAGGGACCAAUCUAAGUAUGACAAGUUUUUCGACGAAGCUAAAGAGUCAGGGAAUGCAGUGUGUGAGGUGAUGCUGAAAACUGUUUUUGCUUCGCAAGGACCGACAACAUCAGAGCCGACAAUCUCAAGAAGACUAAAGGAUCAAUGGAUCAUAUCCCUGAAGAAUACUCAUGGCAUGCUGUGCUCCCUUGAUGCACAGACCACCGAGCCAUGCAUUGUAACAAGUCAUCAGCACGGAGAUGUUUGCGUAUGGAACUAUGACCCGCAGAGACGGACAGAUUCAUUUAAUGUCUCAAAGGAGUCAAUCAUGCCUUCUUACUCAUUGUCUAAUAAAGUUCAUUCUGUUAAGGUUAUCUCAAGAAAGAAAUGGUUUGUGGCUGGGACAUCUGAUGGUGUGAUCCAUGUGUACAAUUACGACAACAAAAUACAAAAACUCAGGAGUUUCAGAGCCGCCAGUGAUUGCUUCAUCACAUCAAUGGCCGUCCAUCCAACCCAUCCAUAUGUAUUGUCAUCGGCUCAUCGUGAUAUGAAGCUCUGGGACUGGGACAACGGCUGGGACUGCACACAAUCAUUCGUGCAGGAACAUUCCGAUACUAUACAGCAAGUCGCAUUUAACCCAGUGGACUCCAAUAUCUUUGCAAGUGCUUCAGAUGAUCACACAGUAAAGGUUUGGAGCAUCGAUUCUCCUGAAUCAAAAUAUACUUUGUCUGGGCAUCAGGACAAAGUGAACUGUCUCAAUUUCUUCACAUGUAAUGAUCGACAAUAUUUGAUUACUGGCUCUGAUGACCACACAGCUAAGAUAUGGGACAUGGAGGAAAAGGCUUGUGUUCAUACGAUGCAAGCUUUCGUGUCUCCAGUAAUUUCUGUCAUGGCCUUUCCCGAUAGCUCAUAUCUAAUUACAGGUUCAAGAGAUGGCUCUGUUCAUUUCUGGAGCUCCAGUGAAUUCAGUGAUUUCUGCAUGGUUCCUAGGCUGGAGAGAAUCGUUAACUUUGGCUCUGGUGGAGCUAUUUGGGGUCUCGGAUGUUUCAUGGGGUCAAGAAGGAUUGUAAUCGGACAAGAGUACACAGUGUCAAUCAUGGCCAUCGACAAUGAAGAUGAACCAUUUGCUAGUGAGGACAGCAAUGAAAACCCCAUAUGAGGGACGUACUAGGAAAUGGACAACUUUCACGCGAAGAGGUCAAUCGACAACUUCUUAGCAGAUGCACGUUUGUGCAGUGAACUCUGGUUUGUGUAUUUGAUUUGGCACUGGAUUUUAGUAUUUGGCACAAAUCCGAGGUUACAUUUUGGUGAACCAUAUGUCGACGUGCAGUGUGGAUUUAUUCAGAGAUCAUUUUGCUUUCUGUUCAGGAGAGGUGCUGACUCUGUUCAUUGUCCGAUAAAACAGCACUUUAAGAUGUUUACACCUGUUUGUUAUGUUCA